AAAUAUAUAUUUCUUAUUUGUUUGGACAAGUAUAGUAAAAAUAUUUUAAGAUAUAAAAUGGUUUGUUGAGCAGCCUGAAUAUAUCUGAAGUGGACUGAAGUGAAAAGCCCCGGAAUAUUCGUCGAAUUUACGUUGUGUGAAAGUGUGGAAAAAUAUUUGAUAUCAUGUCGAAAGAGAAAGGAGAUGAAGUUGAGACCUCACUGACUGAUUCAUGUGUGGAGGCAGAAGGAGGACAGUGCUGUGAAGAUGAUGCAAAUGAUUCCCCGGAUCUGUCCGCGCAAGGGGACACAAACACCCAAAAUAAACCAAGAAUACAGGAAUUUAUUGACAUUCAUGGGAACUCGGAUGGAAUUGGAACUCCGGUUGAAGAGAGUGGAGAAGUGUGUAAAAGGACAGGGGGCGCCACUGUAGCUGAAGUUUCUGAUAGACUCUCCGAACAGCGACUAGAAAGCGAUGAUGAAUUUAUGUCUGCUGAUGAUGGGAGUGAUGUAGAAUUUGACGAUGUGUGUUGUGGUGGGGCAAACAUUGCUGUUGAUGAGGGUGGAGAGAGAGGGGCUGGGGAUGGAAAGACUGACAGUGAAGGUGCCGAGGGUGGGGGAAAUGGACGUGAAGAAGAGGAGCUCGAUGAAGAAAAGGAUAAGAAAGAAGCUGACGAUGAAGAACAUAGGAAGAAAGUGGAAGAAAGUCUUUCAGAUGAUGAGAAAUUGGAACGAAAGGACCAGGCCCAGGAGGGGAAGGAGAAGGGGAAUCAGGCGUUCCGUGAGGGAAGCUACAAGGAGGCCAUUCGGCUGUACACCGAGGCUCUACACAUCUGCCCCCUGUCCUUCCCUAGAGAGAGAUCCAUCAUGUUCUCCAACAAGGCCGCCUGUCAAAUGAAACUGGAUGACAAUAAAGAUGCCAUCAAGAGCUGCAGCAAAGCACUGGAGCUGCAUCCCCACUACAUGAAGGCUUUGUUGCGGAGAGCCGAGCUGUACGAGAGGACAGAUAAAUUGGACGAGGCUCUGGCCGACUAUCAGAAGGCUGUAGAAUUGGAUCCUUCCCAGCAUGCUGCUAGACAUUCCGCUGUUAGACUAGCUGACCAAAUAAAGGAGAGAAAUGAAAAGCUCAAGACAGAAAUGUUGGGAAAGUUGAAAGACUUAGGCAACAUGAUUUUGAAACCAUUCGGUAUGUCUACAGAAAAUUUCAACCUUCAGCAAGAUCCAACGUCUGGUUCUUACUCAGUACAGUUUCAACAAAACAAACCGGACCAGUGACCAUUGGUUACCCCUAUAUAACUGUCUGUGAAUGCUAUGUGUAAACCAGUGACCAUUGUUUACCACUAUAUAACUGUCUGUGAAUGCUAUGUGUAAAUCUGUGCAUUGUGUACGAUAGGACAUCAGAGCAAACUAUUUAGAAAACUUCUCAACUGCAUAUAAGUCAAAUGUAUGUCUUGAGGGUUGAAGCUAGUCUGACCAACAUGCUAGUUCCUUGAAGAUAAGGUAGGACUGAGAUCGUCUGGCGACACUGUAGCAGAUUCUAGGGUCUGUGGCAUAUUUUCUUGAUUUGCACAUAUUUUUUUUAUUGGUUUGUGGACAUUCCUUGUACAAAUCAAGCUAAGUAUCAAAGGAAUAAGGAUACACAAACUGAAGGUGUACUGAUUUAGUCGACAGAACAGUUUCUGUAAAUAAUUAAGUCUGGACCAAACAAUCCAGUGAUUGACAUCAUGAGCAUUGAUCCAUGCAAUUGGGAUACGAUAGACAUGCAUCAACCAGGUCAGCAAGCCUGGCCGCCCCAUCCCAUUAGUUGCCUCUUACGACAAGCAUAGUCAAAUUUUACGGCAAGCAUGGGUUCCUGAAGACAUUUUACCCUGAUCUCCAUGGGUAUGAUAUGCAUAACAUGUAUCCGUGGUAGACUAUUGCAUGGUCAUCAAGUCUUCAUGAAUUAUCUAUGUUCUUGUAUAUCCUUAUUGUUUGGGUAGGUGCAAUAAAAUUGAACAUUGAAUCCAAUCUUGAAUUAUUUUUGAACGUAUAACAAUUUGUAGCGGUAUAAAAGAAGUCUGUUUGUAGAUGUCAUGCAUGUCUAGUUAUGUCAAUUUGCCAUCACUUAAGUAUUCAUUCGAUGCAAAUAAUUAAAAAAAUGAAAUUUCUCUGUGAAACCAAUUUUCAUUAGAUGGAUGAAAAGCACUAAAACGUACACUUAUGUGGAUGCCUUUGUGUGAUAUCAAUAUUUGUUUAACUGCAAGUUGUGAAAGUGUGUAUUUCUGUUAAAUUAACUUGUGUCUUCGUCUUGAAUUUUUGUAAAUAAACAAUUCAGACCCAC